UCAAGAAUGGAAUUGACACGUUCUAUUACACCAUUAUAACAUAGCAUUCAGACGAUGUAGUUAGUUCGUUCGGUCAAUAAAUAUACAAGUACUAUGGUAUAUAUAACAGUUAAGAUUGAAAUUUGAUAUAAUGUAAAAUUUGUUAUCGGACGUAUUUCAAAAAUCAUAGUGCAACUGUUUCAGUCUUCAUGUGUUGACUCUUCGUUCGAGAAAGUCGGAAGCUUGUAUGAGAAAUUAAAAGAAAAUCUCGAGGUGGCGCGAAAUCUCACCGAUGUCUUAAAGCGGGAAAAGUGGCGUCUUAGCAGACGAGAAAUGAGUAUGGAACUCAGGAUGGACGAACUCGAGGUUUACAAGUCCCACUUGAAAAGGGAUAUGACGGACAUGAACCAGACGGUUGAUAUUUUGAGCAUGCGUAUUGUGCAGUUAGAGAACGCGCUUUGCGAGGCAGAAGAAAUGCAGGACACCAGGGAUGCUGAGAAACAAGAAGUCGAAAACAAAUUCAUCGAAGCGAACGCUUUGAGUUACAGAAGAAAGAGGGGUGCCUUCAAAAACAAGUAGACGAAAUGAAACAACAAAGGAAAGACGAUGUUCUAAGACAACAACAACGCGAAAUGAGUGACAAGAUGGAAAUUCUUCUGAUUAAAAUCCAACGACUGAAAGAAAUCAUCCGCGAGAAGGAAGACAGUGAAGCUAGCUUGCCUUCAAAAGGCUUUCACCCUAAUGUGGAUUCAUUGAAAAUAAGUGAUUGUGAUAACACGGAAAGAGAGAGAACGAGGUCUGCAAAAUCGCAUCAGACGCAAUUGCUGCAACCCGCCGGAGACAUAAUCGAUAGGCAAGACAGUGGCUGUUCGGGGGAGAACAACCCGACACCUCCAGUCGCUUAUUUUAUGGAAAAAACCGACGUUGAGUAUGUUUAGCUCGGCGGUCGACAACAGUUAUUAUAUGUGUGUAUGGUACCCGUUUUCUACUAAGAUAGCAAACAUCCAAACAAUAUCGGACUAUGUCGGACGGGAUGGAUUGCUUAUAUUAGUGCAUUUUGACGAAAAUGAGUGUAUCUACAAAUCAUGAGAACUGUUUUUAACGCAAAAUGACAAAUAUCGUAAUAUUUUACUUAUAUUGUAAAUGAAAUGAGCGAACUGAUUGACUUAACUCCAAAAACAUUUGCAUGUGGAGUGAAAUUUCGCACAAUACAUUAGUGUUUGGAUUUCGGAUAUGUUACUUUUCCGUGAUGUAUGGUUUAUGGAAAUUCAUUAUGGUCACAUACCGUAGAAGUAGCAAACAAUGACAUCCAUUUAAAAUUAAAAAGAAUAUGUAUAAUUAAAUAACACCUAUUUUUAUAAGUGUGUAUAUACUUAUGCUUAUGGAAUGAACCGAUGACACAGCUGUAUAAACGUAUACCUGAAUUAGCUUUAACCAUUAGAUUUAUUAUACAGCCACUAAUAUUAUGCAUACACAAAUUUAUAAACACAUUAAACAAAGAACUGUAUAAAGUAUAGUUCAAGGAAAACAGUUGAAUGCUAAUGCGAGUGUAAUUAAUAUGUGUGUUAACACAUCAAUAAAUAUAGUAAAGAUAUGUCGGUAAUACUU